CAUUGCAUCAUGGGCUGCUUCGAUAAUCUAGUGGCCAAGAUCAAGUCGGUCUCGUCCGGCACCAAGAACCAGGAAAAGAACCCUGCCAACGACACAUUGAAAAACACGCCAGCUCCAGCAGAGAAAAACAAAAUGGCCGAACAACAACCCAUUAACGCGGACGCGACGCCCCAAACUCUCACCAUCGCUCUGCAGAAUAAGAGCAGUCAUAGCGAUGCAUACGCCUACGUUACUGGUCUGGCCAUCAACAACAACAAUCGCUACAGUUUUAUUCAAGCAGAUGGGCGCACAGUUUAUACUCCAGCCUCUCCAAGCCAGACUGGUGCACCUCUUGGUGCCGAUGUCGCCAUCCCUCUAGGCGCACCUGGUUCUACCAAGAAUGUCACCAUUCCCAGACUGGCAGGUGGCCGUAUUUGGUUCUCCUUUGGAUCGAAACUUACCUUCAAAUUGAACCCAGGUCCUGGAAUUGUGGAGCCUUCGGUGAACAACCCUUCGGACCCGAACAUCAACAUCAACUGGUGCUUCACUGAAUUUACAUUCAAUGACUACCAGCUCUUUGUCAACCUGUCCUAUGUUGACUUCAUUGGCAACAUUCCCAUCGCGAUUGCUAUCACCAACACUGCUGGCCAAGUCAAGAGCUCCCCAGGAAUGUCAGCAAACGGCUUCAACACCGUUGUGAGUGAGCUCAGAGCGCAGACUUCCCGCGACGGCCGACCUUGGGACCGCCUCAUCUACAGCCCUGGCGGAAACCCUCUCCGCGCCCUCUCGCCUAACAACCUCUUGGUCUCAGACGGCAACGCCUGGGGUAACUACUGGGACGCCUACGUGAACCAAGUCUGGUCUAAAUUCCAAUCCCAAGACCUCACCAUCAACACCCAAGCCGGCGCAGGUAACCUCACAGGUCGUGUCAGCAACAACCUGCUCAGCCUGGGCUCCGCAGGCACCUUCAGCAAGCCCAAUGCGAAGGACAUCUUCUCCUGCUCCACUGGGCCCUUCCAGACAGGCGAUAAUGGUGCUCGCAAUGCUGUCAUUCCCCGUCUGGCUGCUGCUUUCAACCGUAGUGUGUUGCUCGAUACCAACCAGACUCCUAACGGUAGCAACCCUGGGAACUACUACAAGAAUGCGACGACGAACCACUACGCGCGCAUUGUCCACCAAGUCCAGAAAGACGGACGCGGAUACGCAUUCCCCUACGACGAUGUCGUCCCCGACGGUGGUAGCGAUGUUGCUGGUGUUCUCUUCGAUAGCAACCCCACGCUCUGGACUGUCGCAGUUGGAGGUAACUAG